AUGUUAUCUGCGGCUGGACUAAACAGUCUCCCGGGUCAUAUUCAAUCUGUUUUAUUGCUAAAUGUCUUGAAGCUCUACUGCAACCUCGUAAAUCAAUUGGCCAAGGAUGUCAACUUUUCCGACGUCAUUGGGCAAAAUCCAAUUGUACUCUCUGCCACCAGUGAUAGUGGAGACUGUAGUGCCGGCAGCAAAAGUGCCCACAUAAAUAAUAUUGCUCUGAGCGAUGAGCCAAGUCGUUCCCUCAACAAAUCUCCAACCCAAUCUCCUAUAAUAUUGAAUAGUCCUUCAGGCUGCAUUACCGCCAACGCUUUGAAACCGCAUAUUUUAGAUACAAUGGCAUCCGCUGAUAAGACGACUGAUAUAACUGUCCAGCACGUAUCUACGCAUGACAUUAUCUCAAAGCCAGCAGACCUUAAUUCUGAUCUAAGUACCGAACAUCUUGUCAGUUGUCGGUUGGAUGAGACUACUGCCCGUGUGCUCGAGUUGACAAAUCUUCUCAUUGACAAGAUAACUCUCUUCGUACACUCGGCAGACUUGGAGGUGCAAGAGCGAGUAAGUCGCUCAGCAGAGUCACCAUCUAUCCAUUUUUAG